AAAAAUGAAGAAGUGUGAAUUCCGCAUAGAUGUGAGACGUACGCCUCAUUGUAGCUGUGGGCUGAUCUUGUAAAGAAGCACAUUUCCUUCCUUCAAAUAUUCAAAAGACAUGGCGUUGUCCCAGCAGCCAGGCCAGGUGGUGACCACCACCACCACCGCCGAGGGUCAGUGGAGUAGCGGUCUGUUUGACUGCUGCUCUGAUGUGGAAACCUGUUGCUGUGGAUUGUUGUGUUUCCCGUGCAUGCAGUGCCAGACCGCCAGUAGCCACGGCUGGUGCAGCCUCAUGCCGUGCUUGGACGCCUUCUGCUGUGUGGUGUCCUGCAUGCUCCGCUCUUCCAUCAGAGAGCGCUACGCCAUCCCUGGCUCGUUCUGUGACGACUGCUGUAACAUCUUCUGGUGUUACCCGUGUGUCUGGUGCCAGAUGAACCGCGAGCUGAAGACCAGAGGCCAGUAGAGACGGGCCACUGAAGCUGUGGUCUCCACACAAGUCUGAAUUUAAGAUGCAAACGCUGUUGUCUGUUUCUCUGGAUUCGUGAUCUUUAAAACAUGUCAAAAGAGGUUUGUCCUGUCACGUAACCUCAAUAUUAAUAUUCCACAGUUCAGUUCAGAGGUGUCUCGUAAUGCUUAAAGAAGAUGCUUGAUCCAAUUAUUAAUGCUGUUUGAACACGUUCAGGUUUCACUUAGAUGACUGAACUUUGCUUGAUUGAUUCUCCUGAAGUAAUAAAAAUAUUUGGGUU